GAACAGCGCUUUUUCUACAUUCUCUCUCUGUGUUUAAAUGACCAGAUCUGAGUGAUUUGAGUAAGCGAUUACCAUUAUGUUGGGAUACCGAAAGUAAGACAAAAGCAUCCAAGCCGAGCAAAAUGUGGAGAAACUGAAUUUUGGAAAAGAGACGGGAAAUAGGUCUCUGAGAGAGGAUGUGGUGUGUGGACGAGGGUCCGGAAGGGCUACUCUACGUCUUUGAGUCUCCGACCCACAGCUGCGGCCUGCUGCAGCGUCUGGACGCCCAGAGGAGGGCGGGGGUCCUGUGCGACGUCACCGUGCUGGUGGAGGGCCAGCCGGUCAGCGCUCACGGCGCCGUGUUGGCGGCCUGCAGCGGCUACUUCCUCCACCAGCUCCAGGAGAAGAGGGACGGAGACGCCGCCGUGGUCAUCAGCCUGCCCAGCACAGUCACCAGCCGGGGCUUCACCCCACUGCUGCAGUUUGCCUACACGGGGAAGCUGUCCCUCACCCGGGCCAGUCUGCAGGACGUCGUCCACUGCAUGGAGUGCCUGCACAUACACGACUUGAAGGACUCGUGCUUCCCCCUCCUGACGGUGGAGCUCAGUCGCAACUCGGACGAAGAGCCUCGGGGUCCGGAUCUCUCUUUGACGAACUCUCCUCGUUUACAAGCUGACCAACAGGAGGAAGAGGUUACUCGUGUGGAGACCCCUGAAGACUCUCAGAUGACCAAUCUUUGUUUUUCGAGUGAAGAGGAAGGAGAGGAUUCACCAGCGAGCGUCAACAGUGACAUCAGUCAGACAGACGAACAUACGACCUUUGACCCUCUUCGGCACCAUGGCAACGCUUCAGUGGAUGGCAGUGGGUCAGGUUCCAUUAGAGAUCUUCAGGAGGCCACUUCAGCUGACACGGCCCAGGAGCUGUCUGGACCUCCCACCCCAGAAGAGCCUGGCACUGGGGAGGGCAGUCGGUCUGUCUGCGUCUCAGAGUCCAAACCAGAGGAAGAGGCAGAGGAGGAGUCCGACAGGGAGUCGGUUCUCAGUUCUCAGUCUUUGGAGAGUGAGACUUUAGACGGAGCAGUUUGUGCCAGUUUUUCUGCAGGCCUCCGUUCCAUCCUGAAGGAUAAUGCAGAGCUACGUCUUCCCCAUAUUUCACAGCAGUUACUCACUAACAGACUGACUUGUACAGACCCAGAACACAGGCUGCGGCGGGAUGCUCCGAAAAUAACCAGCCACUGGUCCUCUGGUCAAGAGUCAACUUUGACCUCAGCUAAACCCCAAGGCCACCCAUUGAGGCCACCGAGGCCUCUGUCCACUGAGGGAGUCUUCAAGGACGAAGCUGCCCACACCAGGUCCAGUGUUAUAUUUACCUCAGGGUUUCCCAGGCAACCACAAUCUCCGGAGCAUUCCGUUCCUGAGUCCGACCCACUCUCCAGGUUUCCUCAUAAUGUGGCGCCCGGCAGCCCAGAGGAUCUGCCCGUGCUGCCAAGCCAACCCGCACGCAGUAGCCAGGGCCCAGACAAGGUCUCCGUCUCAGAGGACACCGCAACCUCCGCAUGCUAUUCCAGCGAUGACGCUCGUAAAGGGAGAGGCUCGUCUCCCGGCGUUCCUCAGUCCGAGACCUCCGGCUGCCCUCUCCCACGGACGGCCUACCGCUUGUCCCUGAGACCGCCGGGUCAAGGCUGGGCCGAGGACGCCAUCUUGAGUCCGGCGCUCCCCCACUUCAAGACGGAGAAGUGUUACGACUCCAGCUCCAGUGACGAGUCGGGAUCCGUCUCCGCGGGCGACUGUGAGUCAUCGCGUCUUAAAGACGAAGGGCUUGAGGUGAAACUCCCUUUCCCUGUGGAUCAGUUGACGUACCUCCCGCGCAGUGACUUCCAGCUGGUGAUGCGGAUGCACAGUCUGACCCCGGAGCAGCUGGAGCUGGUGCAGGAGGAGCGGCGGCGCAGCAAGAACCGCGUGGCCGCCCAGAGGUGCCGCAAGAGGAAGCUCGACUGCAUCCAGAGCCUGGAGGUGGACAUACACAAACUGGUGUGUGAGAAGGAGUCCCUUCUGCGGGAGAGGAGCCACCUAAGAGCCUGCAUGGUGGACAUCAGGGAGAGCGUGGCCUGUCUCAACCAGAGCGUCCACAGGAAGGAACCGGAACACCCACACAAGGUUCCGUCCGUCGUCCGCAACUUGGGAGACGGUUCCGUCGCCUAACCCUGUAAAAGUGCUCAGCUGUUUCGGGAGAGGUUCCAUCCCUCUAAUUUAAGG